CAGUCUGUUCUGACGGAGCCGAAGUACAGAAACCAUAUUUACAGGUACAUGUGACAGCGCUGCAGCGAUGAGUGGAAUUUUAAACAGGAAGUUGGAAGAAAUUGAGGGCUCCGCACCCUGCUCCUCUGUGCGGGAAUCAGAUGAUGAAGUUUUUAGCUGUGACAGUGCCACCAGUGUUGAUAGUGUCUAUCUGUCCACUUCUAAUCAUUUCACUGGAAAAAAUAAGGAGAUAUCAACAGACUGAAAAGAUGUUUUCAGAGGCAUAGAUUCUUCAGGAAGAUACUGGCGUUCAUAAGAUCUCAAGGUACAUGUGACAGCGCUGCAGCGAUGAGUGGAAUUUUAAAGAGGAAGUUUGAAGAAGUUGACGGCUCCUCCCCCUGCUCCUCUGUGCGGGAAUCAGAUGAUGAAGUUUCCAGCAGUGAAAGUGCUGACAGUGGGGACAGUGUCAAUCCAUCCACUUCUAAUCAUUUUCCCCCUUCCUCCAUCCUUAAAAGGGAGAAGCGGCUGAGGACGAAGAAUGUGCAUUUCAGUUGUGUCACCGUGUACUACUUCACCAGGAGGCAGGGCUUCACGAGCGUGCCCAGCCAAGGCGGCAGCACCCUGGGCAUGUCUAGCCGUCACAACAGCGUGCGCCAGUACACCCUGGGCGAAUUUGCCAGAGAGCAGGAGAGGCUCCACCGCGAGAUGCUGAGAGAACACCUCAGGGAGGAAAAGCUGAAUUCUUUAAAGCUAAAGAUGACGAAGAAUGGCACCGUGGAAUCUGAAGAAGCUAGCACUCUUACAGUGGAUGACAUUUCCGAUGAUGAUAUCGAUCUAGACAACACCGAGGUAGAUGAGUACUUCUUUCUCCAACCCCUGCCAACAAAAAAACGGAGAGCACUGCUGCGGGCCUCUGGGGUGAAAAAGAUUGAUGUGGAGGAAAAGCAUGAGCUACGAGCCAUCCGCCUAUCUCGAGAGGACUGUGGCUGUGACUGCCGGGUGUUCUGUGAUCCAGAAACAUGUACCUGCAGCCUGGCAGGCAUUAAGUGUCAGGUGGAUCGAAUGUCUUUCCCAUGUGGCUGCACUAAAGAAGGAUGUAGUAACACAGCAGGUAGAAUUGAAUUUAAUCCUAUCCGUGUCCGGACUCACUUUUUGCACACAAUAAUGAAACUUGAACUGGAGAAAAACCGAGAGCAGCAAAUCCCCACGCUGAACGGCUGCCACGGGGAGAUAAGUGCCCACAGUAGUUCCAUGGGCCCUGUGGCUCACUCCGUCGGAUAUUCCAUCGCAGACAAUUUUGAGAUUGAAACGGAACCCCAGGCUGCAGUGCUGCACCUGCAGUCGGCGGAGGAAUUAGAUUGCCAAGGAGAGGAAGAGGAGGACGGUAGCAGCUUCUGCAGCGGAGUCACGGACUCCAGCACCCAAAGCUUGGCCCCCAGCGAGUCAGAUGAGGAGGAAGACGAGGACGACGAGGAGGAAGACGAGGACGACGACGAGAAAGGGGACAGUUUCGUGGAAGCUUUGGGUCCCCAUGCCGAAGGGGUCCCUCUUCCUUCCGUCCUUUGUUACUCCGAUGGCACGGCUGUCCACGAAAGCCACGCGAAAAGCGCUCCCUUUUAUGCCAACUCUUCUACCCUCUAUUACCAAAUAGACAGCCACAUUCCAGGAACUCCCAACCAGAUCCCCGAGAACUACUCGGAAAGAGAGACUGUCAAAAGCGGUGCCCUCUCGCUGGUGCCUUACACCAUGACCCCGGAGCAAUUCGUGGACUAUGCCCGACAAGCGGAAGAGGCGUACGGCGCCUCCCACUACCCAGCUGCCAACCCCUCUGUCAUCGUUUGCUGCUCCUCUUCGGAAAACGACAGCGGUGUGCCCUGCAAUAGCUUAUAUCCCGAACACAGGUCCAAUCAUCCUCAAGUGGAAUUUCACUCAUACUUGAAAGGCCCCUCCCAGGAAGGGUUUGGCUCUGCAUUGAAUGGGGACAGUCACAUUUCAGAGCAUCCUGCUGAAGAUUCUUUGAGCCUCGCAGAAAAGAGCAGAUUGCACGAAGAGUGCAUCAAAUCGCCCGUGGUGGAGACUGUCCCUGUUUAGUAGCUUAAGUUAUUCUUGGACCAACUCCUCUCCUAUGUAAAGCACUGUAUUUAAUUGGAUUUCGUGGGCUCAUCGUGGUUUCAGCUGAGGACCAAGAAAACUUGGACCGUGGUGAAUCUUCCAGACUGUAUUUUGUUUUCUCCCUUCUAGCUACGUGACUGUGCCGUUGCACAAAUGCAGUCUCUAUGAGGGUUUUAAACGAUUUCAGACUGUUUUGAUAGAAAAUGCUAAUUUUAAAAAAGCAUAUCUCACAGUUGCCUACCUGUGAAACUGUGUGAAACCUGCCAAGCUGUGUAGAUCAGAGCUCCAAGUUUUGGAUUAUCGGGCCUGUGCAAGAUUGUUAACUAAGACUGGGAAAUAAUAAGAUUUAGAGUCCUAAUUUUCGAUAUAUCUGAAGAUGAUGGUGACUUUUUAAUGUAAAAGUAAUUAUUGUAAGAAAAAGAUUUAAUUGUUCCAUGCGUAUUUUAUUUAUGGUAGUUAGAAGUCAUGUUUUGAUGAAAACGAACAGCAGCAUGUUCUUUUAAGCUGAAGACACAUAGUUAGUACCACCGAGCAUGCCCACAUGGAUUGCCUCUGGAAUCCAUUCACAUUUUUAUGAUCGUGUCUGAUCAAAUUUGCAAAUACUUUCUUAAGGGUGAAAUAGGCCUAUUUUUGCUAUUUUGGACAAAUAAAUGAGUCUAUAUGUGCAGGUCCUUACACAGUUUUCUCUAAAGUUAACAGUUAGGACAAUCCUCUGGUGAGGGUCUAGUUCAUUGCCCUCCCUCAGUUGACUCCAGAGAUGGAGGUAGAAGGAAUUGCCUUUCUUUUUUAAACAGCAUCAUCUUGGUUCUUAGCUUGGACAGCACCUUCAAACUCUACUCCCCUGCAUCAAAAUGCACUUUAGUGCCCCUUCAUGGUACCUUGUGAGGGGUGGGGACUAAGAACUCUUUGAGAUGAAAAAUUUUAAAAAAACAUUUUUUAAUCUGUAACUAUUAUAAGGUUCAUAUAAUUAAAUAGAGGAAUCACCCAGUGAUACUUUAUGAAGGAAAAAUGACCUGUUUUCCUUCACCACUCUCAAGACCUAACUCGGUAAAAGCAGAGGAGGCCGAGAAAACACGGAAGAGACAGAACCUCAGCAACCAGCCUUUUUCUACAGCGUGAUCAAUCCAUCUCUACACAAUGAGCGUAUAAUGAAAUUUCCAUUUAGUGACUAGCUGAUUGAAGGGGGGGCCUCUACCCAAAUACUCAACUAGGCCUUACUUUUCUGAAGCAUUUUGAUUUCUCUUGCCUGGGACAAUUAGCAGAACAGUCCAGAAUGCAUUGAAUACUUUCUAAUUACCUCAUGUUCUCUUAUUAAAGGGGACAGAUAGAAAUAAAACAUGCACUCCCCACCUUUAGAUUAUCUGCGCUUGGUUCGUCGGAGGACUUCUAAGAUCCCGUUUUCCUGUAAAUUAAUUUAGGUAACUAAAUAGUGUGUUCUACUUUAUUUUUUUCCAAUGCAAUAUGACUAUGCUAAAUCUGUUUCAUAUUUUUGACCUUCUAUUAUAUCAUUUCACAUUUUAUGCCUCUUUGAAAUGUGGACAUGCCUUGCUAUUCAGUGACUGCAUCGCUACUUAUUUUUUAUGUCUUUUAGACUUGGAUGUUUGGAAAUAUGGAUAUAAAUAUAUUGUAGAUCUCAAGUCCUUAAAAAAUACUAUUUUAUUUCACUGAACUUAAAAAAUGUUUGAUCUAGAGAAAGUCCUCCAAUGGAAAAGUUUCUACUAAGACUUGAUUUGGGGAAAACAUGUUUACUUGGCAGCUCUUCCACUGUGCAGUUGGUUCCUGCCCCUACUCUACCCCACCACUGGGCCAAACUAGAACCAUUAGUAUUAACAGUACAGCAGCUUUGGGUUGGUCCUUAUGGAGGUAGCAGUAAUGAGGGCAGGGAUGUUCCUUUUGAAUGACAAGCCCUUUGGGCUAAUCAGAUUGGGGUUUUGCUCAAAUCUUGAUAGUAUAUCCCAUGUUGUCUACAAAGUUACAGUUUUUAGUGCUUGAUCUCCAAAUUUUUCCCCCUAUUAUAUAAUCUAAAGAGCACAGGCCCAAAGAGGAAAUGACAAGAGGCUAUUGUUCCUUCAUUUGAGCACGUGAAAGAAUCAUGUGUGCCAUAUUGGCUGGGCCAUUACAAGCCUUUGAAGCAGCUACGUGUGAAGUAUUCAGCUUAUUCUUGGAACACAGUGGGGCAGAGGUGACUCUGGCUGGGCAGAGUUGAAGGGUAGAAUGCCAGUCCAGAUUCUGAAACGAUAGAUAUUUAAUUUAGUUCAGCUUUAUUUUCACAAGAAGGUUGACACCUACUUGUUUAUGUUUGGCUGGGUCUCUGUUUUGUAGCUUCAUUUCCAAAAAGAUGUUUAACCUAGGAACAGGCAAACAAACAAACAAAAACAGAGCUUUUGCCCCUAUCUGUCCAACUGGGGUGGAAAGUCACUGCUACACAGAAGGAUUAACCUUCCAGCCACAACAGCUUCUAUUCCAAAUGUUCAUAUACAUAACCUAACCCCUAAACAUCUCCCACAAACUACACACACAGAUUACCUAUUAAAUCACCUCGGGACGUUGCACAUGCAUGCACACACACACACACACACACACACACACGUACACACACACACAUACAUAGUAGGUGUAUACCACACAUUGGAGAAUGACAGAUUUUAGGCAAUGGCCAGUAAUGAGUACUGAAUUUUUCCCACCCUAGCAUCUGGUUGGGUUUUAUGAUCUAAAAAUGUGGUUUAAAAAUAAAGAUAAUUUUUAAAGCUAUAGUUUAAAAAUAUUGGUUCAAAGUUGCAAGUAAUACUAAUGAGGGAAUCAUUUCAUUGUCACUUCCUUUCCCAGAAAAGUUGAGAGAGCACUGUGUGCCAAUGGACUUUUUUUUUUCCAUUAAUAGACCUUCUAUUCAACAAAAACUGCCCACAUGCCAGGAAAGCGCUACAGUUUUUCUAAGGUUUUUAAAUGGGGAUCAAGCUGGAUGCAGCCAGUGGAUUCUUCAGAUCUUUAUACCAAGACACAGUAACCUGACCUGCAGCUGUUGUAUUGCCCCCGUAGUAUAGCUGACCAAAUUAUAGUCUUUUUUGACACACAGCUUUUUAGUCAUUCACUGUCAAUGGCAAAGCUUCGUGCUUUGGUCCCUGUUGUUUUAGCACCAGCCCUCUACUUUUUAUUAGGGCUUAAUUCCCAGUUAAUAAUCCAGGCCAAAUUGAUUUGCAAGUCAAGUGGCUGGAGCAGCUUGCAUUUCCUUUGUCAUUCUAGGUUUCUUCUGGGAGAAAGAAGUCAAUGAAAGAGAAUUACUUAAGUUUUUCCCAUCUCUUGAUCAUUGAUUAUAAAGACGUUAGUCUCAUGUCUUUUGGUUAAUUGAAGAAUAUGGUUACUUUUUGAAAGCCAGUCUUUUCUUUGUGAUGAAACUAUAUUUUUCCCAGAGUGCCAAUCACAUAUAAAAUGUGAAAUUAAUACUUACUAAUUAAAUUUUAUUAUUAAAAUCUUCACAAUCAUAUAUGGCCCAGCAAUACCU